AAAGUCUCAUCGUUUAUUUCCCUCCCCGUCCGCGCUUUGCUCGCCAUUUGUAGCCCAACAGGUCCUUUUCAAAGUGCGCAUACUGCUCGUCAAGAACAGGCUUUUUUUUUUGUGCCCGCCUGUUGGUCCGGACUUUUCUCGUGACUGUUCAAUGCGCGUCGGGAGGGUUUCGCUGCUCGCCCUUGCCGCUCUUGCGGCUUUUCUACCGUUUGUUUUGGGACAAGACUGCACAACCACCGUCUCCACAGCGGCCGACUUGGACCAGGCACUGCGCGGUUUUACGACCGAUGUCGUCGUGUGCAUCCAGCCAGGAACAUACGCACUCAACAACCCUAUGAUCUAUGUCAGCAGGACUGUUCGCGGUUUGGGAGCAGGCCCUGGGGAUGUAAUCAUCACUCCAUAUUAUGCUGGCAACGGCAACGUACUUAACGUGAAUUCCAUGCAGCCUGUCACUUUGAGCAAUUUCCGACUGUCCGGCGGUGAAACUGGCCUGGUUGUGACGAAUGCCGCUAAUGUAAUCAUCUCAAACCUCAUUGUGGACUCGAACACGCAAACUUCAUCCGGACAAGCCGCUGGCAUCCACCUUGGCAGCAGCGUCACAAUCAGUAUUACGGACUCUAUCAUUUCCAGCAAUGCCGCUUAUGCAUAUGGCGGUGGCAUGAUUGUGGCUGGUGCAAGCAACGUUCAACUCACGAACGUGACUUUCGUCGGCAACUCGGGAGAUCUAAGUUCGAGUUUCUCAGAAGGGUAUGGUGGCGCGAUCGCUAUUUCCGGAAGCGACAGCACGGUAACCAUAACUGGAUGCACGUUUAUUAAUAACACGGCCGAAAAUGGAGGUGCCAUUGGCAUCACGGAGCAUAUGACCGGCGUCCAGGUGGCUAUCUCCAAGUCCACGUUCUCAGGCAAUAUUGCCGAAGACAGUGGUCACGCCUUUUUUUCUGACAGCCAGACUACUACACUUGUGAUUUAUCAGAGCACGUUUACUGGCAAUGUCGACACCGAGAAUGUUGCCAACACUACGAGCAUUUGGCUUUCUACAACUGGCUUUGCGAGAGUGUUGAUCUAUAACAUGAUAUCUUCCGGCCAGAAUUUCACAACACCGCGCAACUGGGACAUUGAUAUCGAGUCCGCGUCCGGAUUGGCUCUGUGGACUACGAGCGACGCCGCGCGCCUCACCACGCCCUCCACUUUCAAGUCUGCCGACUCGGCUCCGGGCAUUUUCUGUCCGUAUGCCACCGCUCAAGGAGCGACAACUUGGAUGAUUAGUGUCAUUGACGAGUGCACGUUUGCUUCGCGACUGUCCGUUGCCACAAUUUCGGCGUCGCGUGCUUCCGCCUCCGCCAUGUCCAAGGUGUCAUUUACAUCCGCUGUGUCGGCAUCCUCCGCCUCAGCACGAUCUGCAGUGUCGGCCGCGUCGGUGCAAUCCUCCCUCUCCAUUGUUUCUGCGAAAUCGGCAACGUCAGCCGCAACGGUUUCUGCAAAAUCGGCACUGUCUGCAGCAUCGAUGGAAUCCUCCGCUUCCAGGGCGUCGGUGAUUGCGGCAACAUCAGCCGCUUCGGUUUCUGUGCAAUCGGCAGCAUCCGUCAUUGAAGCAGCUGCCGCCUCUGCCGCCUCUGUCACAUCUGCACAGUCGGUCACAUCGGUCCAAUCCAGCGCGUCAGUGGCAUCCGUUGCUUUAGUGUCGUCUGCUUCUGCGGCGUCUGUGGCUUCUGCAGCAUCGGCAAAUUCUCUGAUCUCUGUCGACUUUGUGGUCUCUGUCGACUCUGUGGUCUCUGUCGCAUCCGUUCGAUCGAUUGGCGGUGGAUCCACCACCGCCACUCCUGCGCCAUCUGCAGUUCAAUCUUCGACUCACAUUCUCUCAUCUGCACGUGACGGAUCUUCAGCCGCCAGUGUGGCUUCGUCCUCGUCUGCUUCUUUGGCUCUCCCCCCUCAAAGCGACCAAGCUUCGUCAUCAUCCUCUGCCAUUGUCGGUGCUGUUGUUGGUAUUGUGCUGCUCGUUCUGAUCGCAGUCGUCGCGUUUGUGUUGUAUCGUCGUCACAAGCGCCGCCUGCAGCCUUUCGGCUCGCGCGUUUCCUUGCAAAAGUCUGACUCGACACUGGUGCCGAUGCAAGCGGUCGGUUUCUCCUCAAGCCAAUCCCAAUCCCAGAGCGAGGUGUACGCUUCGCCAAAUCAGGUCGAAUCCGCGUACGCGACUGUGGGCCAACGCGUGUACAGCAAUGAUCCUCCGAAGCCAAGCCCCGAGUAUGCAUACGCCACUAGCCCGGGACGCAUCUACAGUGAUAUUGUCACGGAAACAACAUCACUCAGACAAGGUCUUGUGCUUGGCGCCAAACUGGGCUCGGGCGCAUUUGGGGUUGUUCUCCGUGGCCAGUUACCAUCCAAUCUCGUGCCUAAAGAUGCCAAGUACCUGCUGGCGGACGAAAGACAGCCGCACCUGGACGUCGCAGUCAAAACCAUUCCAUCUGACGCAGAUCCUAAAUCUCGGCGCGAGUUUAUCGAAGAGGCCCGCAUGAUGGCGCGAUUCGACAAUCCCAAUGUCGUGCGCGCCAUCUGCUCCUUGCUCGAAGCAGAGCCUCUCCUGUGCGUGCUGGAACUGAUGCCGUUCGGCGAUUUGCGAGGUGUGUUGCAAAAGUCGAUCAAAGUCCAAGUGUCGUGGACGCGUGCAGAGUCGGCACACGCCCUGGCUCAAGUCGCUCGCGGGCUCGACUACCUCGAGCAAAUUCGCUUUGUUCACCGUGACAUUGCGGCGCGGAACUGCUUGGUCGGCGCGAAUCUCGCCGUCAAAAUUUCCGAUUUUGGGCUGUCGCGCGCCAUAGCCGAGGAGAGUGACUACUACCGCAUGGAGACCAAAGGUCGUCUUCCAGUGAAGUGGAUGGCUCCUGAGUGUCUAUUGUAUCGCAAGUUUACGCAUCAAAGUGAUGUCUGGGCAUUUGGUGUUCUUGCUUGGGAGGUUUACUCUUACGGCGCAUCGCCUUAUGGAAACCAAAAGGGUCCGGAGAUUCUCGCGCAGGUGGAAGGUGGCUUCCGACUGCAAAAACCUUCGGGAUGCGCCGACGUUGACUUUGAGCAAGUUUUCAAGUGCUGGAAUCGUGAGCCAUUGUCCCGCCCGUCCUUUGCCGCAUUGAGUGCGUACUUUGCGCAAGUAGCUUUGAACACGCCCGUGCGUGAUAUUGGUUUACUUGUUUCGUCAUGAAGAGCUGGGAACAAGCAACCAUGUUGCAAAGAGUGGCUUUGCCUCGCUUAAGAUUCAAAUUGAUUGGUGUUGUGUUUUCGUGAGAUUGCCCUUGCUGUGUCCGCUUGUACUUUCAAUGAAUGCAGACUCUAUAGCUUGCUG